GCGUUCUGUAGAUGUUAUUUUUACUAGGUUAAGAUUAGGACCUAGAGAUCUCAGUGCUACUUUAUUCACCAUGAAAAAGAAAGUGUGAGAUUUGCAAUUGAAAGGAAACUGUUGAAUAUGUGCUGAUAGUUUGCAGGAAGUUCACUGUAGAAAGAGAAAGACUGAAGGACAGGGUGAAGGGAAAGGAAUGGAGCAUCAGUGGUCUGUUAGAGACACGAGACAAACAAAUACAAGUUCAAAGGGGUUUAUUUAUGUAUUUGAACGAGACAGGUUUCAUAUCCAGAAUAUAACUUUUGUAUAAAGUCCUGUAAAGUAGGUGGCGGUAUUUAUCUCUAACGUUGGUUUGUAGCCCGUCAGCAAACCGAAGAAGAAGAAGUAGUAGUAGUAGUAGUAGUAGUAGUAGUAGUAGUAGUAGUAGUAGUAGAAGAAGAAGAAGAAGAAGAAGAAGAAGAAGAAGAAGAAGAAGAAGAAUCCCGCCUUCUGUGCGCUGAUUGGCUGGUUGUUGCAGUAUUACCCAAUCAGAGCGCUGGGAGGAAGACGUAGCGGCGUUGUCGGUAUUAGUUUGAUAUCGAAACAUUUGUGAAAUUAUGAGCUUGUUUCUGCCUAAACUGUCGUGUAAAAAGGAUGUAGAUGAAGUCAUUAAAACAGUUGCGGAGAAAGUGCUGGUGUUGCGCUUCGGACGAGAUGAAGACUCGGUCUGUAUGCAGCUGGACGAGAUUCUGUCCAAAACCUCCCAUGACCUGAGUAACAUGACUUGCAUCUAUCUGGUGGAUGUGGAUAAAGUGCCAGUUUAUACCCGAUACUUUGACAUCAGUUAUAUUCCUUCAACUGUCUUCUUCUUCAAUGGGCAGCACAUGAAGGUCGAUUAUGGGUCUCCAGAUCAUACCAAGUUUGUCGGCUGCUUUAAAACAAAGCAAGACUUCAUUGAUCUUGUUGAGGUGAUCUAUCGUGGUGCCAUGAGAGGAAAACUGAUUGUGCAAAGCCCUAUUGAUCCACGAAAUAUUCCUAAAUAUGAUCUGCUCUACCAUGGGAUUUAGUUGUAAAUUGUUUCACUACAAAUUCAAAGGUUGGGUUUGUGAAAU